AUGAGAGGUGGGAUCCAGCGUACAAAAGGAACACCUCGGCACCGAGGAAUAUUUGUCCAUCUUGGGGUCAAGGGUUUUUGUCGAGCCGAGGACACGUGUGUUGACCACUUCGAUUGGGGAGAUCCCUCGGCUCCGAGCACUAUCGCCUCGGCUGAUGGGGAUGGGGUCGCUGAGGACAUGUGGCCAUUCCUGGCUGGAAACAAACAAAUGAGAGGUGGGAUCCAGCGUACAAAAGGAACACCUCGGCACCGAGGAAUAUUUGUCCAUCUUGGGGUCAAGGGUUUUUGUCGAGCCGAGGACACGUGUGUUGACCACUUCGAUUGGGGAGAUCCCUCGGCUCCGAGCACUAUCGCCUCGGCUGAUGGGGAUGGGGUCGCUGAGGACAUGUGGCCAUUCCUGGCUGGAAACGUAACAAUGCCGAGGACACGUGUCCCCCCCGAUCUAUCUUUUUCCAAAAAUGUUCCAUCAAUAUCAUUCUGUACCCGUACAAGUAGUGACCCAUGUAAUAAAUAA